GCCCGCACCGACGGCCGAGGCCGCCCCGGGAGCCAUGUCGGGUUCCUACGACGAGUCGGCGGCGGCCGCCGAGGAAACGACCGACAGCUUCUGGGAGGUGGGGAACUACAAGCGCACGGUGAAGCGCAUCGAUGACGGGCACCGGCUCUGCAACGACCUCAUGAACUGCGUGCACGAGAGGGCCAAGAUCGAGAAGUCCUACGCCCAGCAGCUCACCGACUGGUCCAAGCGGUGGAGGCAGCUGAUCGAGAAAGGCCCCCAGUACGGCAGCCUGGAGAGGGCGUGGGGGGCCAUCAUGACGGAGGCGGACAAGGUGAGCGAGCUGCACCAGGAGGUGAAGAACAGCCUGCUGAACGACGACUUCGAGAAGGUCAAGAACUGGCAGAAGGACGCCUACCACAAGCAGAUCAUGGGAGGCUUCAAGGAGGCCAAGGAGGCCGAGGACGGAUUCCGGAAAGCGCAGAAGCCCUGGGCCAAGAAGCUCAAGGAGCUGGAGACGGCCAAGAAAGCCUACCACCUGGCCUGCAAGGAGGAGAAGCUGGCCAUGACCCGGGAAGCCAACAGCAAGGCGGACCAGUCCAACACCCCCGAGCAGCAGAAGAAGCUCCAGGACAAAGUGGAAAAGUGCAAGCAAGACGUGCAGAAGACUCAGGAGAAGUACGAGAAGGUGCUGGACGAGCUGAACAAGUGCACCCCGCAGUACAUGGAGAGCAUGGAGCAGGUCUUCGAGCAGUGCCAGCAGUUCGAGGAGAAGAGGCUCAACUUCCUCAAGGAAGUGCUGCUGGACAUCAAGAGGCACCUGAACCUGGCCGAGAGCAGCAGCUACGCCAACGUGUACCGGGAGCUGGAGCAGACCAUCCGCCUCUCGGACGCGCAGGAGGAUCUCCGGUGGUUCCGCAGCACCAGUGGCCCCGGCAUGCCCAUGAACUGGCCCCAGUUCGAGGAGUGGAACCCGGACCUGACGCACACGAUAACGAGGAAGGAGAAGAUGAAGAAGGGCGAGGGGGUGACCCUGACCAACGUCAGCUCGGGCGAGACCGGCGCCCGGUGCCCGCCCGCCCCGCCAUCCCCUCUCCUUUCCCCCCCCCACAGCGUCAGCAGCCACGACCGCGGGCAGACCUACAGCGCCGAGUGGUCCGACGACGAGGGCAGCAACUCCUUCAACGCCAGCGAGGCCAACGGCGGCACCAACCCCUUCGACGAGGACUCGGCGGGGAAGGGCGUGCGGGUGCGGGCGCUGUACGACUACGACGGGCAGGAGCAGGACGAGCUCAGCUUCAAAGCAGGAGAUGAGCUAACCAAGCUGGGUGAAGAAGACGAGCAAGGCUGGUGCAAGGGGCGCUUGGACAACGGGCAGCUAGGUCUCUACCCCGCCAACUACGUGGAGGCAAUCUAAGUCUUGUGGUGUGCUCCUCGUCGCUGUCCGCAGAUAA